AUGAACACCAUGCGCAAAUCAAGCAUACACGAAGAUGAUGUCCAGCUCGCGGCCAUGGGCCACAAGGCCGAGCUGAAUCGCAACUUCUCCAUGCUGUCUAUGUUAGGCCUGGCUUUUGCGGUAUUAAACUCCUGGACAGCCCUUUCCGCUAGUCUGAGCGUCAGUCUGUCUUCUGGUGGCAGCACCAGCAUUGUGUGGGGUCUGGUAACUGCGGGUGUAUGUAAUCUAUGCAUUGCAACAUCAUUAGCGGAAUUUCUGUCUGCAUACCCAACCGCUGGCGGCCAAUACCAUUGGGUUGCAGCUAGUGAGCUCUUACUCAUUUUACAAUAUUUCGUGUUGAGAGCUAACACUUAUAGCUGGGUCAACGUCGUGGGAUGGGUUGCACUCGUUGCCACCAAUGCGCUUUUAUCUAGCCAGCUCAUUGUGGGCAUUGUUUAUGCGAAAUCUGGCUACCAAGUUACAAACUGGCAGCAGUUUCUGAUAUACAUUGGGUUCACGCUCAUUGCAUUCCUCCUCAAUGCAUUUAUGAACUCUGUUCUGCCCAGAAUAUACAAGGGCGCUCUAUUCUGGUCGCUUGGAGGCUCAGGCAAAUUUGUUUUCACAGAAUUCAUUAACCAGACUGGAUGGCCAGAUGGCGUUGCCUGGCUUCUCGGGCUUCUCCAAGGUGGCCUUGGUCUCACAGCGUUUGACUCUGUAGCGCAUAUGAUUGAGGAAAUCCCCCAGCCUUCUAAAAAGGGCCCCAAAAUCAUGGUCGGUUGCAUAGGUAUCGGCAUCUUCACUGGCGUCGUCUUCCUCGUUGUCCUGCUUUUCGUUGCCGGAGAUAUUCAGCAAGUCAUCAAAUCGGGCGCGGGACCGCUACUCCAGAUCUUGCUCAACGCCACCAAAAGCACUGCGGGGGCCAUCUGCCUUCUCAUGUUCCCACUGGUGUGCUUGGCCUUUGCAACAAUCUCAGUCAUGACAACCAGCAGUCGAAUGAUCUUUGCAUUCGCGCGGGACGGAGGUCUUCCCGCCUCCAAGUUCUUGGCCAGAGUGCACCCGCGCCUGGGUCUGCCUCUGAAUGCGCUGAUACUCACCUCCGUUGUGGUUGUCAUUUUCGGCGUCAUUAACAUCGCUUCUACAAAUGCUUUCAGUGCCAUCAUCUCUGCUGCUGUCGUCACCCUUGAUCUGUCGUAUGCCAUGCCCAUCGCCGUCAACUGCCUCCAGGGACGUAGGGCCCUUCCUGAUCGCGAUUGGAAGCUUCCAACGUGGCUGGGAUGGACUUGCGACAUCAUUGCAUUGUCUUACAUCGCCAUCACUACCGUGCUCUUCGUCUUUCCCCCCGAACGACAUGUUACAGGUAGCAAUAUGAACUAUUGCAUUGUGGCGUUUGCUAUUAUUCUGGCGAUCUCGAUCUUCCAGUGGGUCGUUGAUGGGCGCAAGAACUACACCGGGCCCCGAAUCGAGAUUGCCAUGGCCGAUAUUGGUGUCGUUCCCAAAGAGGAAGAGGAAGCCACACAGACUCUAGAACAUAAGCCGUAG